GUAGCGCUUCAGGGCCAAUGCGUGAAUCAGGAAUUCAGCACUCCCACCAAGUACGCAUUCCUAGACACUAGUUCCUAGACAUCCUGCCUCCCCACUCCACCCGCUGCUGCGUGCUUUUAUUACCGCUGCCCGUCGCGCGCUCCGCUGCCCGUCUCGUCUAGUAAUUGCGUGGCUCGCCCCUGCAACCGUUAGCUCCUGCACGCAGCGAGUCCGUGCUCCCUCGGCUGCAGCGCGCCUGCCAUCAUCCCCCCUGCAUGGCGUGCCGCCUUCCCACGCCUCACUCGCAUCGCCUGCCGCUCGCCGUCAAUCGUGACCGCCAGCCGCCAUCGCCGUUGUGGGCCAUCGACGGCCCGCCUCUCCAGGCAUCGUUUGCCCCCCAGCGCGCCCGCUCGCUGCCAGCGGCGCGACGACGACGAUCAGCAGCGGUGAGGGCGAGCGGAUGGGCGCACGGCGAAGAGCGGUGGCGCGGGGAGGGACGGCAGGCGGACCUGGCGCUGCUGGUGGACGUGGAGGGGGUGAUGGUGGAUCUACAUCGCAACGGGCACAUGGAAUCCCUCAAUGCAGCUCUGUCGUCGCUGGCCUUUGACGCGCACCGCCUCUCCACGUCUCGCUACAGGGACCUCCACAGGAAGUGUGCAGGAAACUUGGAGUUGCUUCUCUCCACGCACUUCGAUGCUACGGCAUGGCCGAUCCCCUCUCUGGACGCACAGGGCAAGCAGGCGCUGGUGCAGCGACUGCUACACCUCAAGUCGCAGGAGCUGUCUCGUGCAGUGCAGCAGGGCUCCGUGCCGCUGCGGCCCGGACUCGUGGAGUUCCUACAGGCUGCGGUGACAGAUGGGGUACACGUGGCAGUGCUGGCAGGGCUGGCGAGGAGUGGGGAGGAGACAGCGAGGGCCUUGGUGCAGGGCAUGCCAGCAGCGCUGCAGCGGCAGGUGCGCGUGGUGGGCGAGGAGGACGCGAGGGAGAGUGCGUUCGGGCAGGUGGCACUGGGAGGCGGGGCGAGCGCAGGCGUGGAUGAGGCGCUCGCAGCACAAAUCGCGCAGGCUGUGCUGGCUGAGAAGCUGCGCAUAGCAGAGGAGGUGGCGCGCACGCUUAAGCUCACAGUGGACCUCGACACCCCGUCUGAGUCCCAGUGGGGCAUUGCCAUGCUGAGGGCAGCAGCGGAGGUGGUGGGAGUGCCGGUUGUACGCUGUGUGGUUCUGGCGGGCUGUCAGGCUACCGUGCAGCUGGGAGGACGAGCGGGCAUGACCACGUGUGUCAUACGAAGCAGCAUGACAUCAGGGGCGGAGUUCAGGGGUGUGCGGGCGGUGUUUGACGGCUUUGGCCCUGGCGCCCUCACCCUACCACGCCUCCUGCGCAUGCUGGCUGCUGCGCCCGCUGGCCCCUUGCCACCCCUGUGAAUGGACCCCACCCUGCUCACCGCACCGCACCGUGUGCUCGCCGCCUCAGCCCCUUGCCUGGCGGUGAACCCACCCCCUCCCCACCCCCCUCUCCAGUCCGCCAUGGCACACCGCGACUCACCCCUGGCAGCGGCUGGCUGCUCACACUGGUAGGUUGGUAGCACGGACGCAAUGUGGUGGCAGCCCACCAGCUGUUGGCCUAUGAGCACCCGCCACAACAAAAGGUGCCCUUGUCACAUGGCUCUGCCUGAGCUUGUGAUGAGUGCUGCCUGUGCUGCCUGGCUCUCCCACGUUUGCAACAGCUUGCUCAACACCUAAGCUGACUCUAGAGCCAGCAUGUCGUGCCCGUCCAACUCCACUCGCCUCAUUUCCCAAAUGCAUUGUUUGAAGCUUGGUAUUGUGGAGCAAAUGACUCCUGAGGUUCACUAUGGGGGUUGGCCUCCAAGUGUAAUUUAUGUCACAUAUGUGCUGUGCAUAUGUUAUUGUAGGCUAGAUAGGUAGGUGCAUACUCUUGGAGAGUACAACCCCUCGGCACAAAACCACCCUGCAUCUCUCUUAGAGCGUGUUCCUACCAGCCUCUUCCCAAGCAACCUCUUCCCAGACUCGCGUGCUAUAGUGUCGCAAAUUUUGACGC